AAACCUGCCCAUCCAGGAGCCCUCUAACCAGAUAAUCAUGGCGCCCGAGCUCACAAAGAUUGUCUCCCAUGUCCAUCCAAACCACCCUCUAAACUAUUAUUCCGACCCUCAUGUUUACACCUGUCAGGGCUGCAAGACCUCCGGCAUUGGUAACCGAUUCCGAUGCCAUAUCUGCUCCGUCGACGUCCACAUCUACUGCCUCGAUUGCCCACCUCAAUUAGCCUCCUUCCUCCACACUCACUCCCUAGCUCUCUUGCCCUGUAUGGACCAUCGGAGCUGCGACGUUUGUCGUGAACGCAUCGAGGGCUUGUUCUACCGAUGCGAUAGCUGUGACUUCGAUGUGCACCCACUUUGCACCCAACUCCCCGAGCAGCUCCACCAUGGCAUCGACAAACGCCAUAAGCUCAGGCUCCACAAGCUCUCCUCUGGCCGUUGUUCUGUUUGCGAAUCGGAUUGUUCUUAUCUCUGGGUCUACAGCUGCAAUGUUUGUCGAGUCAAUAUCCAUCCCCAAUGCAUCCUCAAGCCGUAUGGUCCGCGCCGGAGUGAGAACCCGGCUGUCCCGCCGUCGGAUUCUCGCUCAAUACCAUAUGCGCACGAGCCGUCGGGGUUUGGCGGUUAUGGUUAUGCAGGAGGAGGAGGAGGCCAUUCUUCCCAUUGGAGAUUUCCGAAUUCUGUUCAAUUCCCACACAACAAUCCAGACCAUUCUUCCCAUGGGAGAUUUCCAAAUUUUCAUUCUAGUUAUCCAACUCAACCUAAUUCUUACGGAUCUGUUCAAUUCCCACACAACAAUCCAGACCAUUCUUCCCGUGGGAGAUUUCCAAAUUUUCAUUCUAGUUAUCCAACUCAACCUAAUUCUUACGGAUCUGUUCAAUUCUCACCCAACAAUCCAGGCCAUUCUUCCCAUGGGAGAUUUCCAAAUUUUCAUUCUAGUUAUCUAACUCAACCUAAUUCUUACGGAUCUGUUCAAUUCCCACAGAACAAUCCGUGUCCGAGGCCAAUUUAUGGCGGACAGACAUCGUCACUGUCGUCGUCCCUCUGGGGAUCGAUGUUUGGGGUUACAAUGAUUUCUUCUUUGGUUGAAAAUUUAACAGUAGGCGCUGUUACCGACUUUAUUUUUGGUUCCAAUUCCUAAUUCUUCAUCUAAUUAGUGUGCUUUGUUUAUCAUCUUAAAUUAAAAAUGGUUUUGACUUACGUUCCUUCGAGUUGUAUCGUUGAUAAUGUAUUGAAGUAUUUUGUGCAUCAUUUAGUUAAACUAUAAUUUUAUAUCUGGAACUUGAAUCAUGUUGUGUAC